GCCAGUUCCGCCCAAGAUGACGUCGCUGUGCAAUCAAGUCGCUGGUGGUUCAUCUUAGGGGGCCAACCAGUACAGCCAUGGCAAAACGAUACUACGUCGCCGUGCUUGGGUCAGCAACAGCCAUCUUCUGUGUCCAGGGUUUAUCUCCGCUAGGAUGGAUCCUUUGCAGAUCGCGAGGCCUCAAGGAUGCUGUGAGCGAAGGAGCCUGCACUACUAAUCGACUUCUGGGGAUUACAUACACGCCUAAGAAAGCCAGCCUCGAGGAUAGAGUGGUCGCUGGACUGCCAUUUCCCGAACCACAAGCACCACCUGCGACAGAAUCCCUCGUACUCGAGGCUGGCAACGGCUGGCAACAAACCAAAGCGUGUGUUGAGGACAAACCCAAGGACUGAAACCCAUCAAACCCAUCAAACCCGACACCCUCAUCCGCGAGGAGCUAAUCGCCGAGGAGGUAGACUCGACCCGCUCUAGUUCCUCAAGCCCUAGCCCAGCAGAUUCUCCUCCGCCUAUCAUUGCUGGUGUGUUGGGCGCUUACUAACUGAAGUGUCGUACC